AUGUUCUAGCUAUUUAAUGAAACAUUAAAAAGAAAAUAAACAAUAUAUUAUGAACUUUCUUUGAACAUUACCCUUUCUUCUUCCUCCUGCCUCUAUCCCAAAAGGGUCGUCGCCAGGAGCUUCACCGCCAUAGCGAUACCUUCCAGAAUCUCUCCUCCUUCUCUCUUAAGAAAGCUGUCCAACAUUACCAUUUUCCGCUACUUUGUAGAGACGAAGCGCAUAUCCUCGGGUUUCUCGUAUCUCAAAAGGUUAUCAUCUACCCCUGUAGAUGGAGAUGCUUACUACAAAUUCUGGUGCGAUGCUACCUCUUCUACCCCCAGUGGGUCAGCAUUGGGGAAGAAUGAAGGCCAACAACUUACCUCUUAGAUGGUAUAGUUCGCAGCAUCAAACUCCUAAUAGUAGGAGACUAUCAAUGGUUGCUAAAGCAGGACCAGUAUUUCUCAAACCAAUUCCAUCUACUCGGACGAAGGGAGGCGUUCUAUGUUCAAGUAGAAAGAACAAUGCUUUCAUUUGUUUUGCUGCUUUGAAUGCUCGAUGUGCAGCAGAGCAGACCCAGACCGUUACAAGAGAGGCUCCUACAAUCACUGUUCUUCCCGGCAAGGAGAAGUCACCACAAUUGGAUGAUGGCGAUUCUGGAUUUCCACCUCGAGAUGAUGGUGAUGGUGGUGGGGGAGGCGGUGGCGGCGGAGGCAACUGGUCCGGUGGAUUCUUCUUCUUUGGGUUCCUUGCUUUCUUAGGCCUUCUAAAAGAUAAAGAAGAAGAUGGGUCAUAUGAGAAUGAUCGGAGAAGAUAAAUAUACUUUGAUUAAACAUAUAAUGUAGAUUCUAGAUUUAUACUUCAAUAUACAAUCUCAAAAUAAACGUUUGUUUCUAGUCAUGUUAAAAUCUCCAUUAAAUUUCUUUCA